CUGUAAGUGUUCACGUGAUCAUAUAUGAGGAGGAUGAAGGCUUCAUCAUGCCCUGGAAGAUUGUCAACAAUAGAUUCUGGGAAAAAGAAGGAAGUGACUCUGACUUCCCCAGGAAAUGGGAAGAGGAAACACAGGGGAUCGACCUCUCUGGCUGCAGUGGAGCCACAAGACGACUCACAGGAGAGAGAGAGAAUGGGAAGGAGGGAAGGUUGGAGGGUUGACAGAAAGAGAGAUACUGCCUUUCAUUGUGCGCCCUCUGACUGGAAGGAGAACAAGCUGAAAAGAUAGAAAAAAAGCCAGGAGCAGUCUGGACAUAAAGACGUGAGACAGAAAGAUAUUUGGUUUUGGAUUUGGUGUGGAGAUGAGGGUUCUCCUUGGAGCUCUGAGUGCUCUGAUCUGCUGCUCGUUGUCCUCACACACACUGGAUCCUGCUGGGAGGAACGUCUGCCACAAUAUCAGGGACCCCUCCACCCUGGUUUGUUGCACUGGAUGGCGUCAAGAGGGAAAGGAGUGCACUAUACCUGUGUGUGAGGGUGAGCAGGCCUGCCUGAAGGAUGAGAUCUGUGUGUAUCCUGGAGUGUGUCGCUGCCCACCUGGCUACUACGGAGCUCACUGUAAAACACGCUGUCCUCCUGAGUUCUGGGCCUCAGAUUGUCGCCAGGUGUGUCAAUGCCACCCACAUGGCCGCUGUCACCCCGUCACGGGUGAGUGCACCUGCAACCCUAACCGCUGGGGUCCGCUGUGCCAGAACGCCUGCAAGUGCGCCCGGCAUGGCCACUGCCACCCCGUCCACGGUAACUGCACCUGCGACGAGGGCUGGUGGACGCCAUCCUGCUCCAAACCGUGCCAGUGUGUCAGCGAAGGAUCCGUUGGCCCCGGCUGCGACCAGCUAACAGGCCGGUGUAACUGCAAGAGGGGCUACUGGGGUAUGAAAUGUCCCGUCACUUGCAACUGCUACCUGUCGGCAUGUAAUGAGCGUACCGGUAUGUGUGACUGCGAGGAAGGCUGGUGGGGACCCAGCUGUGACCGGCGAUGUAACUGUGACCUCAAACACAGCAGCUGUGACCCAGCCAACGCGCAGUGCCUGUGCCACCUGGGGUACCAGGGUCUCUUCUGCAACAAGCCCUGUGAAGCUGGGAAGUAUGGCAGUGGUUGUAAAAUGAGCUGUGGUUUCUGCAAAGACAACCAGCUCUGCUCUCCCACUGAUGGUGCCUGUGAUGCCUGUGAGCCCGGCUGGAAUGGUACACGCUGCGACCGCUCGUGCCCGUCUGGUUAUUACGGUGACGGCUGUCAGGAGAAUUGUCCACGUUGCAGAAAUAAUGAACCCUGUGACCCAAAAACUGGGAGAUGUUGGAGGUGUGACCCUGGAUGGACUGGACCCAGGUGUGAGGAGGCCUGCUCGAACAGGACGUUUGGAGACGGCUGCAGCUUCCCGUGUGGCCCUUGUUUCCACGGGUACUGCCAUCACGUGACAGGAAGAUGUGUCUGUCAGCCAGGCUUUCAGGGAGAGAGCUGUAACAGCAGCUGCCCCGCCCUGCAGUUUGGCCCCAACUGUUCCUCUGCCUGUUACUGUGGUGAGGGGGUGCGGUGCCACCCAGUCUCUGGUGCCUGUCCCAACAGUGUCAGAGGUUCUGUAAUAGCGGGCGUGCUGAUUCCUUUGCUCCUGUUGCUCCUUGCUGUGCUCUGCUGCUGUUUGUGUUGUGGAGGAGGACCUGAUGAUGGCAAAGACAGGGAAACUGUGGUGGAUGGAGGCUUGUCUGUUCGGAUGAAAUAUCACGUCUAUAGAGUCCUGGCAAACAUCGGUGCUGCACUUCCCUGCAUCUCUAACUGGUCGUCUGGCCUGCCUCGUGUCACUGUCUCUCACCAUGACCCAGAGCUGACGUUCAACCAUAGCUUCAUUGAGCCUCCUUCCUCUGGCUGGGUGACUGAGGGGUCAUCCUUCGACACUGACGAGGAGGAGGGAGAGGCGCUCUACUGUGUCCCUCCAAGGGAAGACAUCCCGGCAAUGGCAGGUGGCGAGUUCCAGGAGAUGAGCUCAAAGUGUAACAUGUUCUUAGACCCAUCCAGCUUCAGCAGUGAGGACAUCACCGCGCCCUUCAACAUCCCUCGCACCUCCAGCAUCGCCAAAUCCAAGCGGCCGUCUGUCUCUUUUGCAGAGGGCACCCGCUUCAGCCCAAAGGAGAGGCGUGGCUCGGCUCAGGACCCUGGCGCUUUGCCUGGACACCCACGCAACAAGCCCAAGUCACCCUGGGGGGUUUUGAUGCUCUCUGCCCUCCAAAAUCAGGCAAGUGCAGCUAGAACUGGGGAGGAAGAUGGAGCUGAGGGUGAGGACCAUAAAGAUGAAGUGGAUGUGCAGGCGACAGAUAAUCAGGAGUCAACCUAUGAGGUAGGGGACCAGGAAGUAGAAAGAACUCCAUCCCGGGCCACGCUGCAGGUACCCGGUGCAUCAGGACGAAGACGGACUAUGUCCAACACAGCUACUCAUAAUGGGACUCAGCUGCCAACAUCUGCCUCUGAUGCUCAAGUAGGGGUCUCAAAUAAAGUCACCACAGUGCACGUGACGGUAGGUAAGGCAGGUAAGCCUGUGUCAAAGCUGGAGUCGAGCUCUGAAGGACCCGUUCAGGCCAUGCUACGGCGACUUGGCAGCCUCCAGAGACAAAGGGAGCAGGAGUCUGGAAGGCCCAAGCGUAAGGCACCUGAGGGGAUCACCAAACCACCCAGGAAGAAGCUCGGAGCUCGGGCGAGUGUGUGGGAGCAGGGAGGGCCGCCUGGAGGGGAGGUCGGCAUAUGUAAGCCAAUCAGAAGAAAGCAUGCUUCUCUCAACUCCGCUGACACAGCCGGCGCUAAUGACACUCCACCAGAGAGUGGCACUCCAAAAAGGCCAUUGUCGUUCGUUCUGCAGAGCGUGCCAGAGGUGGCUUCAGCUGACUCAGGGUCAGAUCUGAGGGCUGAGGGAGACACAAGGCAGGGUGGUGACCCCAGUGCAGGAAGGAUUGAAAGCAACUACCUGACUGUGGGACCAGCUGGAGACACUGCGAGUCUCACUGAGGUCAUCGCCAAUGAAGGCGCAGUGGUCAGUGUCAAUGAUGAACCCUGCUAUGAAAAUGUCAUGAUUCAACACUCAUAACCUCUGAGAAUCUAAUAUGUCAGCAGGUCUGAUCCAAAUCCUACAAUGCUAAAAGCACACAGGUAGUAACUACUGUAAAUCUGAGUAAAUUACAGCUCUGUGAUUUUUUAAUUAUGGUGUCACUGGUCAAAGUUAUGUAAAAGAACAGCUAAUAUUAUGCAGAAUUUGUGACAAAAAUAUCUACUAUAAUAUCUGUGUCUUGACUCAGAAGGGAUAAACAGACACAAAGACUGGAGAAUGGUCUUUUAUGGAAAAUCAUUUUGAACAUCUGGCUUGUACAAGGAAGACGAGAGCAAAAAAUCGGAAACAAUAUCAUAGUAGUUGGAAAACAUCACAAACUCUGUUCUUAAAUCAAGCAACUGGUAUAAUUUAAUCAAAUAAGAUUUGAGUAAAUAAGAUUUGACUCUGCUGCUUUACUGAUGUUUUUAUUUGUCAUGGAUAAAAAUAGUACAAGAACAGACUGGAACAGGAUGUGAAAAUGCAAUAAAAUGUGACUCAUUCUGAAUCACUGCUCAAUACACCCUUUAGACAUCUGUCAAAGGCCCCUACAAUUCAACAAGGCUGCUUUGCCAGUGUAUUAUAGUUUUAUAUUUUGCCCUCUUACCAGUAGAGGUCAGAAAACUGUAAUUGUAAGAAUGUUUUUACAUCUACGAACUUUAGUCAAAGUGCCCUCAAGCACAAAUGCACCUGUCACGUAAUGCUGCUGUCGGGUGAAACCCACAUUAUUGCAAUUCAGGGAGUUUUCUUUUCAUCAUGAAACCUCCAUCAUGUCAUGAGAGUUUUCAAUUUUCCUAUUCACUGUAUGUUCACCAUUACUAAUGAAAAUAAACACAUUGAAAUUUGUUGAUA